UUUUUUGUUUGUUUCCCCUGUUGGGUGGAGGGGAGGCGGCGGAGGCAGGGCCAGCUUUUGUGGAGUUUAGCGCCGGGAUCACAGCUUUGUCACUGUGUUUGUGCCGCUCACACACACAUGCAGCACACGUGUGGCCACCGGGCUUCCUCUGUAUGCAGCACAAGAGAGAUCUACAGUGGAUUUAACCUAUCAGCAGCAGCCUACAGGAGAUAUCUCCAUCAAGACCGUUAACAGCUGGAGCCGGACCCCCCAUUCGCCUCCAACGUCUGGCCUCAGUGAGGUCCAAUGUUUUUGGAUUAAACUGCAGAGUUCCAGUUUACUGUACCGCACAGUUGUUUGUUUGCUGAUGACUGUCGGACCAGUUCAUGUGGAGGGAGGGAGUUUUGAAGGGGAUUGAGUAACGAAACAAGGAAGAAAGAAAACAAAAGAGAAAAGUAGGGACAGAGUGAGGAAUGAAAUAGCUGAUGCUCGCCGAGAUAAAGAGAGUCAGAGUUUGGGAUAGAGAUGAGAGCGAGAUGAAGGGAUUUGUUUGGCACUAGAGAUAUAGAGGGAAGAAAAGAGAGAGGAGAGAGAGAAAGAGAGAGAGGACAGUGGGAGGGAGGAGAGACAGAGAAUCCAGCCCUCUGGGACAGCAGUGUGUGUUUUGGGGGUGGACAGAGAGGCUUUGUAUGCAGAACAUCACCGGACACCAACAGGAAGGACGCUGUCAGUUGUUCUCUGUGUGUGUCUGUAGUGAAACCAGACCUACCUCUGAUCGCCGCGCCACACACACUCCUCCAUCUGCUGCCCAGGAGCCUGCCUUCUGCUUCCUCUGGACUGAACCCCUCUGAGAGUGUUUGAAUGUGUGUGAGAGUCUUGGAGAGCUGAUUCCCGGAGGUCAGGAGCGGAUAGGCUGUGAUGUGGAACUUGUGGGAUUAAACUUUCUGAAGGCUCGGCACUGACAGCGAUGGACUGGAGCCAAGAAGUUCAGAGUCUUGAAUGACUGGAGGAUCUCAGAAAAGGAUUUGCGAGCUCCACUAAAACCACCCGUCUUCUCUUGGCUUGAUUGUAUCUUCUGUAUAUCUGCAUCUGGACCUUGUCCACGACCUUGUGUAGAGUGUGUGAGCAGCCUAUGUGGGCGGUGAGGGAUGCGGAUCUGAGGAAACUCCACGCCCUGAUGCCCGCUGCUAUGCUCCCGUGCCCUACGCCGGCCGGGUCUGACUGGAGUUUCCAGAACCCAGUGGGGGUGGACUGCAGCUCCCCCGAACCUCGCUGCAUCUGGCUAGCGGUGCUCCGCGGUGCAACGGGUUCAGUGUCGCCGCCCGCCAUGCCCAUUGGGCCCAGUCACAGCUCUCACCAGCCCAGGGCUAAGGGGUGGAGGGAUGGUCUCUCCUCAGCCAGUGACAACCCUCGGCCGCCGAUGGCGACCCGGCCGGGAAGGGAGGGGGUCGGCGUGGGCUGGAAGGGUCCCCGGACGCUGGUUCUCCGUAAGAACUCACAGGGUUUCGGUUUCACGCUACGCCACUUCAUUGUUUACCCUCCAGAGUCCGCCCUGCACACCAACCUCAAGGAUGAGGAGAACGGUAACGGAAAGGGGUAUCAGAAAGGUCGACUGGAGCCGAUGGACACCAUAUUUGUGAAAAGUGUGAGAGAAAAUGGUCCGGCCCACCAGGCUGGCUUGUGCACAGGGGAUCGGCUGGUGAAAGUGAACGGAGAGAGUGUUCUAGGAAAGACGUACUCGCAGGUGAUAGCCCUCAUUCAGAACAGUGAGAGUGUGUUGGAGCUCUCCAUUAUGCCAAAAGAUGAAGACGUGCUUCAGUUGCAUGACAUCACCAGUGCUGCGCCUCCUUCCACUCUCCCACAGGGUGGAGUAAGGCAGAGAAUGAGAGGGAAGAGAGAGGGAGUUUGGAAGGAUCCGAGAGAGGAGACAACAAGGAGACCAACAGAUAUAAAACUCACGAAAAAAGCAUACUCCCAGGAUGCCUACCUGAGAGGCAACGAACCCUACUCAGGGGGAGCUGAGAACCUCCCACCACCACCUCCCCUCUGUUAUCCACGCACCAAGACCACACCCCCUGCUGGAGCCCCUCCGUCUGCCCCAAUGGGCCAGAACCAGCUGGAUAACUGGAGUCGCUGGCCAGGCUCUUCCAGCCCCUCUUCACCCCUGGACAACCGUUCCGCUGUGGGCAGCCCUGCCAGCUGGCAGGAAGGGAGGGCAGUAGAGCCAGGCGGUGUGGGUCAUAGCAGCCCGGCCCACCGCACAGAGGAGAUCCAGUACGGUAUGACCAGCCAGCAGCCUCAAGGCCAGAUCAGGGGGCGCUCCUACUCUUCCUCUUCCUCAUCAGGAGGCCCGUUGUCCAGCCCGCUGCAAGUCCACUACCCUAACCACCAUGCUGCCAGUUCCUCGAAGGCUCAGCCACGCAAGUCCAGCUCAGCCUGGACUAGUCCCCCCCUGCCCCAGCUCAGCCAUGGCCGCAAUGAGCACUGCCAGCAGGCCCUCUCUGACUGGUACUACAACCAGCUGCCUGAGCGCUCAGGAUGCAGCAUGCAGACCCGCCACCGCAGCUACUCUCAGGACCGGCUCAGUGAAACAAGGAGGCAGCAGCAGCGGACAGGUGGCUGGCCACACAGCGCCUCCCAGGACACUCUGCUGUUACUACAGCAGUCAGGACCAGGACUCCAUGGAGAGCCCUACUGGUCCUAUGGAGACUGGGAGGGGGGGCCAGGUAGGGGCCACCCAGCCUCUAACUAUACCCGAACACGCUCUGAAAACCUGCUGGCACAGUACGAUCGCCAUGGCCGCUCGUUAGAGAUGCUGGACCGAGCAGCAGCUGGACUGGUCUCGCCUCGGUUUGAGAGGCCUUCAUGGCUCCAGCAGGCUCCUCAGCCGCCCCCCAGGACUGAUGCCUACCCGAGGCAAGGGAGCCAUUACAGUGCAGCACAAGCUCCUCCGAUGUCCCGACACUCACAGUCACAUUCUAAACACCACCCCCAGACUCACACCCAGGCCCACUCCCAGCCUCCGCCCCAGCAGGCUGCCCCCCAGAGCAGGCGGCUUCCCCCUGGGCAAAGCAUGGACGACCAGCCGGUGGGUUACCGCAGCUACAGCCCCUCUUUUUACCGCAAGACGGGCCGCAUAAUGCAGCAAGCCCACUCUUUCAGGGACCCUUCAUACUCUGGCCCCCACUUGAACUGGAAUCCAGCACCUAAAACCAGCCCCCCAGAGGGCACAAAGGCACCCCUCACUGCCUCUACCACGUCCCCCCUUGCCUCCGCCACUCCCGAAUCCCACGACAGAGCGUACAGGCCAACAAACCAUGAGAGGAAACGAGGGUCAGUGGAGGGGCAGGAGGAGGCGGUAGCACAGACCCAGGAAGUGGUGCUGAGGCAGAAACCUCCCACCGGGCGGAGGAACACCCAUGGUAUGCGUCAUCCUCACUACGCACUGCCCAUGGACGGGCUAGAACCCUCUUUGUUUUCACCUGACCCCCAAGACUCAGCUCCUGCCCCUGGUUCCACAAGAGAAGUAGCCCCACACAAACCAAACGGCAACCUCGCCCCCCUAUCUAUAGAGGAUGACUCUCUGGCCUCCAUCCCCUUCAUAGAUGAGCCGACCAGCCCCGGCGCUGAUUUGCGCGCCCGCCACGUGCCGGCGUCCUCCGUGGUGUCCAGCGGCAUGAAUUCGGCGCCCGCUGUGGUCACCAGCCCCGCCUCCCCCACCUUCACCUUCCCCCUCACUAGGCUCUUCUCACACGACUGCAGCAGUAUUAAAUCCAGUCGCCGUUCCUCCUAUCUUCUAGCCAUCACCACCGAGCGCUCCAAGUCAUGUGACGAAGGACUCAACACGUUCAGAGAGGAAGGGCGAGUCUUCUCGAGGCUACCAAAGAGAGUGAAGAGUUUCUUCACAGACGGGUCUUUGGACAACCUUGGGACCGCAGAGGAGGUUCGAUCUAAGCGCCACUCCACCUCAGAGCUGGGAAACAUCACUUACAGCGACGUGCUGCGAGAAGGAUGGCUGCACUACAAACAAAUCCUCACAGAGAAGGGCAAGAAGGUGGGCAGUGGCAUGCGUCCGUGGAAGCGAGUCUUUUCUGUGCUUCGCUCCCAUUCGCUGUUCCUCUACAAGGACAAGAGGGAGGCAGUGCUUCGUGGGGCCACGAUCGGAGGUGCAGCUGAGGAUGAGCAGCCGAUCAGCAUCCGCGGCUGCCUGGUGGACAUUGCAUACAGCGAGACCAAACGAAAGCACGCCCUGCGGCUGACCACCCAGGACUUCUGCGAGUACCUGCUGCAGGCGGAGGACCGGGAGGACAUGCUGGACUGGAUCAAGGUUAUCAGGGAGAACAGCAAGACGGACAGCGAGGAGCUCGGCUUCUCCAGACAGGCCCUCAUCAAUAAGAAACUGAAUGAUUACAGAAAACAGAGUCCAACAGGCAGCAAGCCCGACUCCUCUCCCAGGAUGCCGCGCAUGAAGCCUCCCUUCCUGCUCGCCAAGGCGGAAAACGCUGCCGGGGCGCCGCGCUCCCCCAAGCAGGAGGGCAAAGAUGAGAGCAGCCCUCCGAAGUCUCCAUGGGGAAUCAACAUCAUGAAGAAGACAAAGAAGUCCGGGCCUAAAGCUUUCGGUGUGAGGCUGGAGGAUUGUCAGCCGGGUGUAAAUAACAAGUUCAUCCCGCUGAUCGUGGAGAUCUGCUGCGGUCUGGUGGAGGAGAUGGGUCUGGAAUACACCGGGAUCUACAGAGUCCCUGGGAACAACGCCAUGGUGUCAAUGCUUCAGGAUCAGCUCAACAAGGGCGUCGACAUCAACCCUGCAGAGGAGAAGUGGCAGGACCUCAAUGUUGUCAGCAGUUUACUCAAAUCCUUCUUCAGGAAACUUCCAGAGCCGCUCUUCACCAACGACAAGUACAUCGACUUCAUCGACGCCAAUCGGAUGGAAAAUGCAUCAGACAGACUAAAGACCAUGAAGAAACUGAUCCGAGACCUCCCAGAUCAUUAUUACCACACUCUGAAGUUCCUGGUUGAUCACCUGAAGACUGUAGCCGACCACUCAGAUAAAAACAAGAUGGAGCCUCGUAACCUGGCUCUGGUGUUUGGGCCGACUCUGGUCCGGACGUCUGAGGACAAUAUGAAAGAUAUGGUCACACACAUGCCUGACCGCUACAAGAUAGUAGAGACGCUUAUCCAACAUGGCGUCUGGUUUUUCGCUGAUGAGCAAGACAAGGAUGAAAAGACGCCGGUGGACACGGAGGACGUGCAGCCCGCCCCCAACAUCGACCACCUGCUGCCCAACAUCGGCAGGACCGCUCUGCUCGGGGAGGCCUCAGACUCAACCAACAGUGACUCUGCUAAAUCAAAGGGGUCGUGGGGGUCAAAGAAAGACCUCACACCCAAAGACUUCCUGACUCUGUCCAUCAUGUCAGCUGUUACGGGCCGCAAACGCAGGAAGACCCAUAACGCCCGCCGCGUGGGCAGCAGCACCGACGACGACUCGGAGCAUGAGCCAAUCAAAGCCGACCAUCUAGGGGCAGAGGAGGAAGAGGAGGCAGAGUCGCCUGUAGGAGACACUGCUCCUCGAGCAGAGGGAGAGGAGGACGACGACGAAGAAGAAGAGGAGGAAGACGAGCAAGUUGUAGAAAGCGGAGUGAAAGAGGAGGUACAAGAGGAGGUGGUGGUGGUUAUUCAGCCGUGCUGUAAAGAGGAAGAGGAGGCAGGAAGAGGGCAGGCAGCCAUGUUGUUGCAGGAGGAGGAGGCACAGGCAGAGGUAAAAGGGCCACCGUGGAGAGCUCCAGAGGAUGCUCGCUCUAUUGUUUCUGGUUACUCCACUCUCUCUACAUUAGGGCGGAGCCUGGGGUCGGAGGGGAGGGGGGAUGAUGCUGAUGACGAGCACAGCGAGCUGGUGAGCGAGACGGACAAUGAGAGCGGCUUCGCCUCGCGCUCCCUCACCCAGGAGAGACCUGAUAAACACCCGACAACACCUGUGAACACACAACAGGCAGCAGCCCCGCGCAGCUUCCUCUACACACAUUACAAACCCCCUGUUCUCUCACCCACAAACGUUCUCGCCCCGCCCACAGCCCUCACACAUACACCGGACUCUGCGGACAGGAGUGAAGGAGGGGCACGGUCCACCACGCCCUCGUCCUCCUCCUCCUCCACCACUCAUAAACUGCAUUCGCGGCCUUCCUUCAACUCCCACAAGCUGAUCCAGUGUGACACUCUGGCCAGGAAGAAGCUGAAGUCUGAGAAGGCCAAGGCUCGCUCCCUGGACCUGUUGGAGCUGUCUGAGGCCAUGGCUCAGGGGGACGGGGCUGGUUCUGGGCCAGAUGGCGCACCCAGAGUGAGGAGAGAGACUUUCAGAACCAACCCCUCCUCAGGCAGCAGCCAGGAGAGCCUGCGCCUGGCCCGGCCCAAGCCCACCCUGCAACCCACCGAGGCCGCCUCCUUCACCCCAACCGGCCCGGGUGCCAGGUCUCUGGCGGAGCAGGUCCGCGCUCGUCUGCUGGGCUCGGCCGACGACCUGCGCAGUGUGGGACUGCGAAAACCGCUGUCACCCGAGACACGGAGGAAGAGACGAGCCUGGCGCAGGCACACCGUGGUGGCCUCCCCGACCGAGACGUCCGACAAGAGACCCCCAAUGACUGUCAAUGACUACCCUCUGUUUCCUAUCACUCACAACCAGGUCAAAACACCGGGGCUGCCUCGGGAUGCAGACGGACUCAACCAAGGACCGGCUACACGUCAAGCACCCACCUCUAGAUUCCACCAGUACCUGUGAGCCCUGCCAGCUGACCCCACCCUUCACUCCAAUGAAAAGAGGCUGAAGCUGCUGAUUCUGAAGGGGGGUCCGGGCUGAGCUGCUGACUCCCUGCAGGUCAGUAGACCGGCAGCAGUGUAAACAAGGUUGUGGUUAGUUGCCAGGUGCAACACAGUGUACCAGGUCUUUAAAAGCAGCCCGUGCUUUUCUUUUCGAUAAGCUCCAUUUGCAUGGCAAGGGGCAUUUCAGUGUUGCCAAAGCUUUUGUUGUUUUUUUUUCCUAUAUGUGUGCUUUUAUAGAAAUAAUACAGAAACAGGACGGAGACACAAACAGACCUCAUCACAAUCAAUGUUACAGCCAAGAAUUCACAUUUGAGUAAUAACCGAACAUCCUUCCCGUCUCCUCUACCAUCCUGCCUGGCUCACAGACGACAUUAAACAGACAAAUUAAAGGGUGAAAUCCCUUCAAGUGACCAGAGAAGGAUGCUGAAAUGCAACCACCUCUGGUUCUUGAGAGAAUGGUGCUUCUUGUCAAAGUGGGGUUCAACACAUAUUUCUCUAAACCUACUUCAGUGAGCCAGAAGAGACCUUCAGCCUCACACACACUUAUAAUUACAAAAAGUUACUGGUCAGUUUUAAAACCAUUUCAAGAGGGAUCUCAACUGAUUUUUCAUAUCAGUCUUCCUAAUCUGUCACUCCUCAGACCAGAGACACUGUAAUACUCUCAUUUAUACUCCAAACAAUAGAUCCAGUAGGUUAUAAACACACAAAAUACGGAAGUCUCUCUCUACUUGUUAAUAAUGUUUAUGUGUGUUUGCGCAACAUUUGUGAUCAUGUCUGAGCGUGCAGGUGUUUGUCUUGAACACUUUUGUAACAUUUGUACAAAGCCUUGUUAAGUUAACCUUGUACAUAUAAAUAUUCUGUUAUCAUAUUUGUUUUUACUUUUUUAGUUCUUUUUUUAUGGUUUACAAAAGUGCACAGUCAUUUCUUUCAAGAUGUUACUUGAAAUGUUUCCCUUAAUAUAUUAAUUUUUUUUUGUUUUAUAUUCAAUAUAUAUAUUAUAUAUAUUUUGUAUUAAAGUAAAAAAAGUACUUUUAUUGUGAUUUCACCUUUUUGGUGUACCUGUUCAAAGGAGACAAGAUAAACACGACUAAACCUGUUCCUUAUUUCCUCAGAGAUGGCCUUUCUCUCUGAUCUCAGCACUGUGCAGAAAACCUUUAUCUCUUGAGAUAUAUAGUCUUAUAAAUAAAUUUCUCUGGUGACUAUACUUCCAACAAUGUUGCAUCAACAUGUACACAAACUAUCUAACAACUACAUGUAGCAGGAGGAGAAAUGUAAUCUGGUAAUUAUUACAUUAUAUUGGAGAGUUUGCAGGCAGCUCAGCACCACACUGUGAUGGCUGACCUCAUUUGUUUUGUUAGUCAUGUCAGGGAUUACUGAGCAUUGCCUCCACAGAUCUGCUCAUAUUUACUGAGCUCAAGACAAAGUAUGUUCCUUCUUGUAAAAGAGACAGAGGAGACGCCUGACAGCGUUUUACAGACUGUUAAAAUGUAAUGUCGCGCAUACAAACGGCUACAUUCUCACCUCUGUCUGUGGUGAUCUAUGUGUUUACAUCACAUCCCCUCUGAGGGUUCGUCUGUCUCACGUUUAUUACCUUGGGGUUAACCUGACGAGGAGUUCAUAAGGUCAGGCACUAAUAAAUCCUCCUUGACUGGGGAAAUGGUACAUUAGAGGAAAUGAAUACAGAAUGCCUGCCCACAUGAAUCUAUUGUUUUCAUCUCUCGUCUUGGCCGUGGAACCAAUUUGCCACCACGAAAAAAUAACACAAACAGGAGGUGCAACUUCCAAAGCCAUGUUGUUUUCACCUGACCAAAUCCCACAGUAAAAAAUAAUAAUCUUAAUACUAAUAUUAAACAGUAAGUUACAGUCUUGUCUUACCUCAAGAUUUUUUUCUACAAGUGCCUGAUUUCUGGAAUGUGUUUUUGUUCUGCAGUGCCAUGGUCGGUUCUUAUCUUUCCAUUUCCUUUUGUUGUUUCUGGGUCUCCUCCCUCCUCUCCUGUGGUUGAUAGUAUAACUAAGGCACUGACCCAAAGAUGUGUACAUUAAAUACAAGCAGUCUAACUGAGAGGCUGUAAACAUUUUUAAAAAAAAAGCACACUUCCAAGCCAAGGACAUGUCUAUGCACUCUCUUUGCCUUUAACACAGGCAUUAACAGCUAUUACCAAUGCUGCGAAGAGGGAAGAGGCAUAGUAUUCUCUCAGCUGCUUUUCUUAACAAACUGAGGUCAUCUCUCUCUGCCUAGUGAUCCACAGUGUGUGAAUAUGGUACACCUAACAAGCCCCACCCUAAUAUGGCGUUAGGUCAUGUCAGACAACAUUCAAUUUCCUGAAGAUGAACAAAAGGAAAACUCAACAGCUGGUGUUUGUUGUCUGAAAUGUGAUUCACCUAAUGUCUCAUUGUUGUAUUUUAAAACCUUUUUGUACAUAUUAUCUUAAUAUGUAACAUAUUGUAUUGUGUACAUUUGGAAUUGCUUUUGAGUAUAACUAAUAUGAAAAAUGACUGGACUUAAAGGUUGUCUGCCUGAAACAAUUCCCCUCAUGGCUGUGUGCUUUAAAACAAGGUUAUAUGAUGUAAAUAAACAGAACUAUGUUUAAAAAAACGA